CAACACUGUUAACUGCUAUCACAUUGAUACUUCUUCGAGACUAGUUCAGUUGGUGAUUGUAACUCUGUGCGUGUAUUUUUUUUACCCAACUCCAACGAAAAAAAAACCGCCGCAAUUCCAGUAGUAUCUCUUCGACCAGCUAUAUACCUUCCAGAUCGUCGUCGAGUCGAGUUUUUUUUCAAUUUAUUUUUUCAAUUUUCCACAUUUUCGAUUUCAUUUGUACGCGCUGUGUGAUACCUAUACCUAUUACCUACACCUAAACACGAAUCAGUGAUCGUCUCAUUUUAUUCGAUGAUUAUGUAGUGAUUGGUCAAGUUUUUCAAAGUGUGCAAGUGUUUUUCCAUUUUUUUUUACAUUCAGUUCGCUGUUGUUUUUUUUUACAUUCGGCUUCGGUAAAAUAUUCAACAGUAUAAGGUGCAGCUUCCUGUAAAGUUAAGAGAGAUCCUUUCGUCUUAUAUGAUUUCAUGAUCUGCGCCACAUAGAGUACACGCCGAAUCGCAUAAAAAUGGUGAAGGCGAGCGUUCGGUACGAUUAUUUUCCAAACAGAAAUGUGAUAUUUGCAUGCUUCGUUAUAACGCUGUGCAUUUCGUCGAUUUCAUGUAUACAAAAUACUAACGUCAGAAGGCCGCAACAUAAACCAAUAGUCAGGAAUCACCACCAUCUGCACCAAGAAGACGACAAUACGCACGACAACCGAUACAUACCACACGUUCACGAGUCUCCAUUCGCUUCUUCUUCAUCGCCCAGCAGAGGAGACAAAGUACGCCACAAUACUCAAAAAAGAUACACUUCCAAGCUGCAUAUGAGCAGCAUCGAUACAUCUUCCAGCAUCAAUAGACCAAUCACCGUACACAGGUAUAUUCCGAAACCGGACUCGGCCACUGAUUCGAUCGUCGCUCAGGAAAGCACGCAGAAGGCUACCAGGCUGAGCUGGCGUCGUAAACCGAUCGAGAUCAGCGUCCAAGAACCCGAUCAAGAGACUUCUCCCAGCAUCAAUCGUAACAAUAUCCAAAGAAGGAUACUGAAACCGAACCAGGGUAAUUCGUUACUGGAGAACGAAUCGGUCGCCGAAGAUGCUCCCAACACGAAUCGUAUCAAGAUACGUCGUCGUAUCUCCAAGCCAUCGGAUCAUGUGAAUUCGGCCGUCGUCGCUGUACCUGCUGUCGUAGUCGCCGCCAGCGCGAGCGCCAGCAGCACCGAAGAUACCAAAGCCAACGAAUACGAUUCUUCGACUCCGAGUAGAUUCAAAAUUAAACAGAAACCGAGCUCUGGUACGUCGGUGGCUCUUCGUAAAUCUUCCAUCGCCACCGUCGUUUCUCCGGCUGCUGACAGCUCAAAAGAAAGCUCAUCUUCUAAUGACGGAUACAAGAUCGUCUGCUACUACACGAACUGGUCUCAAUAUCGUCCAAAGGUUGGAAAAUUCAUGCCCGAGGAUAUAGAUGCGAAUCUUUGUACGCAUAUCGUGUUCGCAUUCGGUUGGCUCAAAAAAGGACGUCUGUCGCCGUUCGAAUCGAACGACGAUACCGUCGAUGGAAAGCUAGGACUGUACCAACGUAUACAGAAUCUCAAAAAAGCCAAUCCCAAGGUCAAGACUUUGCUCGCCAUUGGUGGAUGGACAUUCGGAACACAGAAAUUCAAAGACAUGACUGCUACCAGAUAUACUCGUCAGACAUUUAUCUACAGCGCCAUUCCAUUCUUGAGGACACGUAAUUUCGAUGGUCUGGAUAUCGAUUGGGAAUACCCCAAAGGAACCGAUGACAAGAAGAAUCUAGUUGCUUUGUUGAAAGAACUCCGCGAAGCUUUCGAAGCUGAAUCUCAAGAGGUGAAAAAACCUCGUCUUUUGCUAUCCGCUGCCGUACCAGUAGGUCCUGAUAACAUUAAAGGUGGAUACGAUGUACCAGCUGUAUCCAGCUACUUAGAUUUCAUUAACGUGAUGGCUUACGACUUCCACGGUAAAUGGGAACGUGAAACUGGUCACAAUGCUCCGCUUUAUGCGCCGUCUUCCGAUUCCGAGUGGAGAAAACAGCUAUGCGUCGAUCACGCAGCUUCUUUAUGGGUACAACUCGGUGCUCCCAAAAAUAAACUUAUUAUUGGUAUGCCCACGUAUGGACGAUCGUUCACUUUAUCAAAUCCGGCUAAUUUCAAAGUAAACGCUCCAUCCAGUGGCGGAGGAAAGGCAGGAGAAUACACCAAGGAGGGCGGAUUCCUUGCCUAUUACGAGAUAUGUGAAAUGCUCAAGAACGGGGCCACUUACGUCUGGGACGAUGAAAUGAAAGUACCCUACGCGGUCGCUGGCGAUCAAUGGGUUGGCUUCGACGACGAGCGAUCCAUUCGUAAUAAAAUGCGAUGGCUUAAAACAAGCGGAUACGGAGGUGCCAUGGUCUGGUCAGUGGAUAUGGAUGAUUUCACAGGCACAAUUUGCGGUGGCAAUGUCAAGUAUCCUUUGAUAGGAGCUAUAAGGGAGGAAUUACGAGGUGUCAAACGAGACAACAACGCCAAAGAUAUCGAUUGGCAUAAAAUAGCCAAAACUGCUCACGUGGAAAUCAUCACCAAACCUCCCACCACUAAAAUCAACUCAAGCGAAGUUUUAUUCAAAGUGAAAUCAGCUUUGGUCGCAUCGAACACAGUUCAAACACCAGUCAUACAAAGUGCUCGUCCACCACAGAUGUUCUGCUACAUGACGAAAUGGUCUCAGAAUCGUCCUGGUCUCGGUAAAUUCGCUCCAGAGAAUAUCGAUUCGACCCUUUGUACUCAUAUUAUUUACGCUUUCGGUACAUUGAAAGAUUUCCGACUUAUAGUCGGUGAUGACGAGGAAAGCUUUAGCAAAAUUAUCACCUUGAGAGAAUCCAAACCAUCGUUAAAGAUACUCUUGGCCAUUGGAGGAUGGGCUUUCGGAUCAACUCCGUUCAAAGAACUCACCAGUAAUGUAUUUAGAAUGAAUCAAUUCGUAUACGAAGCUAUAGAGUUCCUAAGGCAAUACAAGUUCGACGGUUUGGAUGUCGAUUGGGAAUAUCCAAGAGGAGCUGAGGAUAAAUUAGCAUACGUCAGUUUCUUGAAAGAGUUACGGACAGCUUUCGAGGGAGAAGCUAAGACUGCAGGGCAGCCAAGAUUACUACUCACAGCUGCAGUUCCAGCCAGUUUCGAAGCUAUAGCUGCCGGGUACGAUGUUCCUGAAAUAUCAAAAUACUUAGAUUUUAUUAACGUAAUGACCUACGAUUUCCACGGUCCUUGGGAGAGACAAGUAGGCCACAACAGUCCCCUAUUCGCCCUGGAAAGCGCCACUAGUUACCAAAAGAAACUCACAGUUGAUUAUAGUGCGAGGGAAUGGGUGAAACAAGGAGCACCUAAAGAGAAGCUGAUGAUAGGAAUGCCAAUGUAUGGACGUUCGUUCACUCUGGUCGAGGCUUCGAAAUUCGAUAUCGGAGCUCCAUCUUCGGGAGGGGGAACUGCUGGAAAAUAUACAGGAGAACCUGGCUUCUUAGCUUAUUACGAAAUUUGCGAAUUCUUGAGAGCUGAGAACACCACCUUAGUGUGGGAUAACGAGCAACAAGUACCAUUCGCUUACAGAGGCAACCAAUGGGUCGGAUUUGACGACGAAAGAAGUCUUAAAAAUAAGCUGACUUGGCUCAAAGAAGAAGGAUUUGGUGGCAUUAUGAUAUGGUCACUGGACAUGGACGACUUCAGAGGUACUUGCGGAAACGGUAAAUUCCCAUUACUACAAGCGAUGAAACAAGAAUUCGAAAAUUACAGUGUAAAAUUAGAAUACGACGGUCCCUACGAAUCUUCUAGUCUGAAUUCACUUUACUCAACAAAAGAUCCUCAAGCUGUCUCUUGCGAAGACCAAGAUGGCCAUAUUUCAUACCACCCCGACAAAGCGGAUUGCACCAUGUAUUAUAUGUGUGAGGGUGAAAGAAAACACCACAUGCCAUGUCCUUCAAAUUUAGUCUUUAAUCCAAAAGAAAAUGUUUGCGAUUGGCCGGAAAAUGUCGAAGGUUGCACGCAUCAUACGCAAGCGCCUCCUACAUCUAAACGAAAAUAAGUGCCGAGUAAUUUGAAAAAUAUGUAAUUGUUGUUAAAUUAAUUGAAAUCAAAUAUUUUAAGUUUUUCUCCUCAUUUUUCCUUUUUUUUUUACAACUUGUGUACUAUAAUUGCUGACUUUUUUUUUUUGUAUUUUUAUAUUAUCGUUCUUUUUUUUUUGUCGCCAAAAAUUUUAUAAAGAAAACUCUUUUAAUUCGUGAUUAAUUUAUUGAUUAUAUUCUUAGUUAACCAUUUUCCUUAUUUAGUUUGUGUACAUAAUAUAAUGAUUUAAAUUUGUAUACGAAUAGUAUAUCCCAAGUGUCAUAGGAAUUACGAAUUAGUAAAGUUAAACCUAUGAGUUUUUGUUUUUUUUUCUCUCUCUGAGUCACAUACCUAUUAUUAUUAUACGUCAUGAUGUGUAAUGUAAGUAUGUAUAUUAUUUUUAACGAAUGUAAAUACGUUUUUUAGUUAAUUGUACAAUUUGCCAAGCAAAUGUUUUUAUUUUGUUGCUUCUCAGAAUUAUAUAAUUUA